CUGACUUUGCAAACGUUUUCACGACCGUCUUCGUCUUCGAUCGCGGUUCCAGGCCAAAAACCAAAACGCUAGCGAGAAAAUCUUAUGCAAAUGCGUUUUCAACAAAAUAAUUAAGCGGCCGCCUCAAGAUUUGGCAAGAAAGUUGGCCAGUUUGCAGUGCUUCAGUGAUUUCACGGAUAUUUCUUGGAUAUUUAACGCAGAUUUGGAUUAACCCAGCUCAGUACAAACUCUAAAUCAAGCCAUGUGCCGGCCAUAAACCUAGAAGACACGCUUCCUAAUUGAAAACAGAAGACGGAUAAAUGGACACGUAGCAGGAGCAAGCGAGAGAGAGAGUGUGUGUGUGAGAGAGAGAGAGCGAGUGACGAUCGUGAUUUGGAUUUUCAGCGUGAUAUCAGAACGGAUCGAUCGGUCAGCGGACAGCGAAACGGCCAAGAAAAACAAAUUCACGCCAAAAUGUCCAACGCCACAACAAAAAUGGUUUACAGUUAUAGAAUUUUAUGGCUUUCCGGCGUUUUACUAGGUCCCCUUUUGCUGGCCGCCAUUGCAGUCCAGGGCCAAGAGCCAGCCAGUCCAGUAUUUCAAAAUCACAAGACGAAGGAAUGGACGAAUUUAGAUAACAUUACAUUCUCAUUCGAUUGCAAGCGGCGAUCGGUGGGUUUCUACGCCGAUAUGGAGUACAAUUGCCAGAUAUUUCAUAUGUGCGAUGAAGAAGGCAAUCGGAUUCCACAUCUUUGCGCCAAUGAGACGAGCUUUAAUCAAGAGUACAGAAUCUGUGAUUGGGACUACAACUUCAACUGCACAGAGUCACCAAAAUGGUUCUAUCUGAAUGAACUGACAUACGCCACAGAUCCGCCAGAUGAGGACGACGAGGAUUACUGAGCGAUUUGCAAUCUAAUUAAAUAUUUAUUGUCUCUCCCAAAAGCUGAAACACAAAACUAAUUAAAUUAAAAAGCCGCUGAUAAUAAUUGUAUAUGACAAACAAGAACACGAAAAAGAGUAAUUUGUAAAAUUCUAUAAAAUUAUGUAAAAUUCCAUUAAUGCAAGUGAGAUAUAA